UUUGGUUCAAACGAUGCAACAUAACCUGAAUUGAAUUGGGUCCAAUUCGGUUUUUCUUGAAAAAUAUUGAAUGGAAUUCGUAUAGAGUAAUAUGAGUAAUUACGUAAAGUAUGCCCAACUGACGAAGCUGACGACGGACUACGCGCGUCGCAUGGACAGGUUGAGCAAGAGGAUCUUUGGGGAGGUGGCUCGACCGACAAACAGCAAAUCCAUGAAAGUGGUGAAACUGUUCAGUGAGCAGCCGGUGGACAAAAGGCGCGAGGUGCACGCCUACUAUCCCAGGCACGUGGAGACUGGCAUGUUGAUGCUGAAGCUCAGACAUUACGGGUUGUACAGAGAUGAGCACGCCGAUUUCAAGGAGGAAAUGGACAGGAUGAGGGCUCUCCGAGGAAAGGUGAAGCCGUACAAGGAGAAGAAGAACAAGGGUGAUGCUGCAGCAGCUCCAACUGAAUAGCAACAAGAGAAAGAAAAAAUUAAAAAUAUUAUUUAUUAUUAAGUAGUAGUAGUGUUUAGUUGUUGUACAAAUUACGAAGGAAUAAAUUUGGCUUAUUAUAA